GCGUCAACGUCUCCUCCUGCGGCGCGUGCUGACGCAGCGUCUGCUCGGCGCGCGGCCACUCGGGGUCGGCAGGGGACGUGGAGACCGAGAGACGCUCACUCGCUCACUUUCCUGACUGGCGCGCGGUCGGUCGGUCGAUCGCUCGCAGGCACACACUCGUCGCCCUUCGCCGGUGGAAGCAAGCUUGAGCCAUGAGGACUCGCGGCCGGUACGCCUUCGCCCGCGCCUGCUGGGGAUGCGCCGUGUUGUGCGCGCUCGUCGGCGCCUCAGAUUCAGGUGUGUUCCUCAUCUACAACGAUGGCAUGCAGGGCUGCCUGGAGGCCAGAGAUUCAAGUGUGUCGCUGUCACGGACCUGUAACACUUCGGCAGGUGCCCAGCAGUGGAAGUGGGUGUCGAGGAAUCGUCUCUUCAAUCUGGGCACCGCUCAGUGUCUUGGGGUCUCCGGAUCCAAUUCUACCUCGGGUCCCCUGGGCUUGUACAGAUGUGACAAGGAGUCGGCCAAUAUGCGGUGGAGCUGUGGCACCCUGGGAGAUGUGCUCACCCAGACUAUUUCCUUACCAAGCGCCAACGGCUCCUUCAGCCCACCCGAGCGUGGCGACAAGGGACACAGCAGUCAGUGGAGGAUCUUUGACUCCAGCCAGGAUCUCUGUGCCAAGCCCUACCAAGAAAUCUACACCAUUCAGGGCAACUCCCAUGGGAAGCCGUGCACCAUCCCCUUCAAGUAUGACAACCUGUGGUUUCAUGACUGUACCAGCACAGGCCGCGAAGAUGGCCAUCUGUGGUGUGCCACAACUAUGGACUAUGGAAAAGAUGAGCGGUGGGGCUUCUGUCCCGUUCAGGGUUCUGGCUGUGAGGCCUUCUGGGACAAAGACCUGGUGACGGGCAGCUGCUACCAGUUUAACUUCCAAUCGACGCUGUCGUGGAGUGAAGCCCGGGUGAGCUGCCAACAGCAAGGGGCCGAGCUGCUGAGUAUCAAUGAGAUCCACGAGCAGACGUACAUCAACGGUUUGCUGACCGGCUACAGUUCCUCCCUAUGGAUCGGUCUCAAUGAUCUGGACAUCAAUGGAGGCUGGCAGUGGUCAGACAGCUCGCCGCUGAAAUACCUCAACUGGGAGGCAGACCAACCUGACAACACAGAGGAGGAGAACUGCGCCAUCAUCAGAACCGAGUCUUCUGGGCGAUGGCAGAACAAAGACUGUGGCAUUGCUCUGCCCUACGUCUGUAAGAAGAAGCCCAAUGCCACCCUGGAUCCAUUUCACACUGACUCCUGGGCCGACCAGAAGACCGAGUGCGAUGGGGCCUGGCAGCAGUUUCAGUCGAGCUGCUACUACCUUAAUACACAGAAGUUGAGCUGGCAGGAUGCCAGAAAGAAUUGCUUGACCAUGGCAUCGGACCUGGUGAGCAUCCACACCCUGCCAGAGCUCGAGUUCAUCAUCAAGAACAUGAAGCAAGGUGCGGACGAGCUGUGGGUUGGGCUGAGUGACGCCAAGCAGCAGAUGAACUUUGAGUGGUCCGACCACACACCGGUGCUUUUCACUUACUGGCACCCGUUUGAGCCCAACAACUUCCGUAAUAAUCAGGAGGACUGCGUCACCAUGUGGGGGCCGGAAGGUCGUUGGAAUGACAGUCCCUGUAACAUGAGCCUGCCAUCGAUUUGUAAGAAAAGCGGCCGGCAGAGCGACAAGGGAGAGGAAGAGCACGGGUGCAAGAAGGGCUGGAAGUGGCACAGUCCAUCCUGCUACCAGCUGGGUGAAGAGCUGCUUACCUUCGCGGAAGCCAGCAAGGUGUGCAGUGGACAGGCGGCGGGACUUGUCACCGUCACUAACAGGUUCGAACAAGCCUUUGUCAGCAGCCUUCUGUAUGGCCGCUCGGGAGACUACAUCUGGACGGCUCUCCAGGACCAAAACAGGACGGGGACGUUUCGGUGGCUCGGUGGCGUUGAGGUCACCUACACCAACUGGAACAGAGAGCAGCCAGGCUAUCGCAAGGGAGGCUGCGUUGUCAUGGCGACGGGCAGCUCCACGGGGCUCUGGGAGGUGAAGGACUGCGACACCACCAAGGCCAAAUACGUCUGCAGACAGACCCUGGGGUCCGCCACGAGCCCCGCUCUCCCAGUGCCAGCUCCCACUCCCAGUGUGUCGGGCUCCUGCCCCCAGGGAUGGGGCAGCUCUGGCACGCUGCACCACUGCUACAAGGUCUUCCACUACCAGCAAGUCCAAGGCAAACUCAGCUGGCUGCAGGCCCACCUCUUCUGCCGGGAGCGCGGUGCCGAGCUACUGAGCAUCGCCAACUUCGAGGAGGAGCAGUUUGUCUCCCAGCUGCUGCACGACCUCUUUGGGUCGUCGGAGGACCACGAGCAGCACUGGUUCUGGAUUGGCUUGAAUCGCCGGAAUCCUCUGGACAACGGGAGCUGGAAAUGGAGUGAUGGCUUAGGGUUUGCCUACCACAACUUUGGGCGCCACUAUGAAUACGACAUCCGCCAGUGUGCUGUGACAGACCUGGGCACCAUGCAGUGGCUGCCAAUGCAGUGCGAGUCGGAGUUGGACUGGAUCUGCAAAAUUCCAAAAGGAAGCAUCGUGAAAGAGCCAGAAGUGACAGAAGACCCAAAGCUCAAGGAGUGGGUGACAUUCCAGGACGCCGAGUACAAAUUCUUCGACCAUCACGCCACGUGGCUGCAGGCGCAGCGCAUCUGUACCUGGUUUGGUGCGAGACUGGCAUCCAUCCACUCGCAGCAGGAGCUCAGCUUCUUAGGGCAGACCAUCCAGAAGCUCUUCCGAACGCAGGACCAGCACUGGUGGAUUGGACUUCACACGUAUCAGAAUGACGGCCGCUUCAGGUGGUCUGACCGCUCCGUCUUGAACUUCGUGUCCUGGGCCUCUGGGAAGCCACAGCCUCCUGGAAGGGAGAAGAGAUGCGUCUACUUGACUGCCAGCAGGGAGGACUGGGGGGAUCAGAAGUGUACGACGGACCUGCCGUACGUCUGCAAGCGCAGCAACAGCACCAGCGCCAUCCCCGUCCUGCCACGGCCGGCCUCUCCGACCCCCGGCGGGUGUCCACUGGGCUGGUCGCCGUUCCUCAGUAAGUGCUUCAGACUCCACGGCCAGACUCCGCAAGAGAGGGGCACGUGGCUGACCGGCCUGGCCACUUGUGAGAAACAGGGAGGAAUCCUGGCGACCAUCUCCAACCAUCUGGAGCAAGCCUUCAUCACUACACUCCUCCCCAAUGUCACCUUUGACUUCUGGAUUGGCCUGAGGGACAUCAACAAUGAAUUCCAGUGGUUGGACAAGGAGCCUUUGACGUACGUGAACUGGGCGCCGGCUGAGCCAUCGGCAUAUCGCACAGCUCCCGAUGUCCCUGGACCGACGACGUGCACUGUGCUCCGCCACGGAGACCCCAUCCAGCACACGGGAUUCUGGGAUGACAGGAGCUGUCAGGACGAGAAGCACGGCUUCAUCUGUCAGAGGAAGAAAGACGUCUCCCUGCCCAGCCCUGUGAACACCUGCUGCCCGCCUGACCUCGCCUCUCCGCUGCGUUUCCAAAAUCAGACCUACUGGGUCAUCCAGAAGCCGCUGAGCUGGGAGGAGGCAGUGCUGCUCUGCGAGAGUCGCAAUGGGAGCCUGGCAAGCGUGAGGGACCCCUACCAGCAGGCGUAUCUCAGCCAGCUUGUGAACGUCCUGGACGUGCAGCUCUGGGUGGCACUGUACAGCGAUGGGGCUCAGAGCUUCUCCUGGCUGGGGGGGCACCCUGUGACCUACGCCAACUGGCAGGAUGGAGAGCCCGAAAGGUUCUCGGGAUGCGGCUACAUGGGCGUGGAUGGAAAGUGGGUUACCACCCUUUGUGAGGCCAAAGUGGGGGGGGCUCUGUGCGAGAACAGCUCAGGCUCGACCCACAAGUUCAGCUAUGGCGGAGUCUGCCCACACUCGCUUGCUGAUUCGUCCUGGGUGCCGUUCCGCGAGUACUGCUACGCCUUCCACUUGGAGAAGCUGGUGACGCCCAAGGAAGCUGGCAAGAUGUGCCACCGAGUGGGAGCAGACCUUUUGUCCAUCAAGGAUGAGACGGAGAACCUGUUUGUGUGGGAGCACAUCCAGAGCGUCCCAACCCAAUCGCAGGGCGCCUGGCUCGGCCUCGUCUACAGCCCCAAAGAGGGCAGCCUGGUGUGGCCAGACAGCGUGGUGGUCCAGUACACCAACUGGGGCCAGAUGGACACCAAUCCCAGCAUGCUCAGCCCCAACACCUGCUUCUGGAUCCUCCGCAGCAAUGGCAUCUGGGGCUUGGGUUCUUGCACCAAUGUGACCCUGGGCGUGGUCUGCAAAAUGCCACGUGUUACGGACCCUCACUUCUCCCGAUACCCUGUCCAGGACAACAAGACGGUCAUUGUGGUGGUCGUCCUGGCGACGCUGGCUCUCUGCCUCUUCCUACUGGCCAUUAUCUACCUGUACAGGAAACGGGCGGGCAGCAGGGGGCGAGCGUUUGAAAGUGCCCGCUACAGCCGCACCAAUUCUGCCCCCAGUGAGGCAGCUGAGAAGAACAUCCUGGUGUCCGACAUGGAGAUGAACGAACAGCCAGAGUAACAGCACUGGGCAUGCGCCCCAUGAGGAGCACAUCCAUGGCCUCCAAGACAACUGGGACACUUUGUGAACGUAGGGGAGACGACGCUGUGCCUUGGUGGUGACAGCAAGUGCCCGACUGCCCGCACCUUCUUUCUUGCUCCAGUGUAUAGAAUGCAUGCAUAGCUUUAGACGUUUGGCUUUACCUGCUUCUCCCAGAUGCCCGUAGCAUUCCUUGCUCCCAGGUGGCAGUGGGCCACAGCGCCUGCCUGAACAUGUCGCUGUGGCACAAAAAGGACCAAAUAGGAAGAAUUGCUGUGAAACUUGGCAGAGAUGGCGGGCCUGAAAGGAUCUUGGGCUGCUGCUUCUCGUUUUGCCCAAAGUGGGCAUCCAGCAGGGUGUGCUGUGACCGUCGAGCUGUGGGGCACGUCCCAGCUGCAGGCACCAAUGGGCACAGUCCUCUCCUUUGGGCAGCACUGUCAAGAAGAAGUGCAAUAUAAAGCGCCUGCCGCACCCUCCUCCUCCUCCUCCUCGCUUGACGCCACGGGGCAAGGCACACGCGUCCUUCGGCUCUCCUCGUUGUUCUGGUCGCUGUGACUUUUCUAUGUUUGCUUAAACGAACAUUUCAACGAUGUCGAGUAUCAAAGUGUUUUAAUGCAAUUUUCUACAAUUUUUUUAACUGAUCAUGUUUUUAAUAAAAAUGUAAAGUCCUGUGAAUAGCAA